UUGAUCGAUUGAAUUUGAAUAUGAAAAAAACAAAAAUAAAUAAACGAUUAUCAUCAUCAUCACCGGUUAUAAUACAGAUUGAAAUGGAUACAUCAUAUAGUAGUAGUGGUAGUUCGAUUAUAAAUCGUUCAUCAUCAUCAGCAUCAACAUCAAGAUCAACAUCCGAAUCAUCGGCUGUAAAUAAUGAUACAAAUAAUAACAAUAAUAAUAAUAAUAAUGAUGGCCGUAUUACUGAAACAUCAUUACUUUAUUCAUCGGAAACAAAUACAACAAUCGAAAAUAAUAGUAUUUCGAUAAACAAUUCUGAACAUAAUAAUAAUAUUGAUUAUAAAAUGAAAAAUGUUAAUGAAAAUAAUCAUCAUCAUCAUAAACAACAGGAUAAUAAUAUUGAUGAUAAACAAUCUGAAACAAUAAAUUCAGAUAUUAUUGAUCCAUAUCGUACAAUAUCACAUAAAAAACAACAUGGUAAAAAACAUCAAAAACAACAACAACAACAGCAAUCCGAUUCUUCAUCCAAUAAAAUUGGCCGUUUUACUGUACUUACAUUUGAUCAGCUUAAUCCAUCACAAAAUUUUGAUGAUCAAUCACCAUAUUCAACAACAACAAAUUGUUUUGAUACAAUCACAAGUCUAAUACCAACAUCAAAUUUUGAAGAAACUGAAUAUGAAAGCGAUUGUCAAGAUAUUGGUCUGAUAAUGGAUCAUGGCCAUGAUAAUGAUGAUGAAGAUUUAGCAAUUGGUAAUGAUCAUAAUGCUAAUAGACAAAUGAUUAUACCACAUACAGAAGUACUUAUAUCAAGGUUACGUAAUGAAGUAGUUAAACCGAAAAAUUUUAACAAUGAAGUACGUGCCGGUCGUGAUGUAAAAUCAUUUCUGGCAAAUCCAUGCGUUUUACUUGAUCUCCAAGGUGAUUCUGUUGAAGAAAUCAUUGACCAAAUGUUGACGGCUAUUAAUAAUGAUCUAGAUGGUACUCUAUUAUCUGAAGCUCGUUCAUCAUUAUAUGAUGAAAAAAAUGCAUUUCAAUUAAGCGAUUUUCUUCAGGGAAUCUAUCAUACUGAGACUGGUGAAUAUCUACAUGAUCCUACAUGGUUAUGUACAUUUGCAACGGUAAACAAUCUUCCUACUCGACGAAUCGUAAUUGCCAGAUUAAAUCGUCCAAGUAAUUUUGGUCCAACAUUGCGACACGUUCAGUUUAUAAUAUUAGUUUUAGUACCAUCCAAAGAGAAAACAUCCAAAUCUGCAUUUGAAAUAGCACGAACAUUUGCAUCAUUAUUUGCCGAUUCAACAUUGCGAUUUUCGCUUUUACAAUGUGAAACGCAGGCUGAAUUUUGUCAACAAAUUUCUGAUCGUGUUGCCUUUCUCAAACGUCGUCAAUCAUCACGAAAAUUUAAAUCAUUUUCAUUGGACAAAUUAGAAAAUCAUCCGGAUCAUUUUGUAAGACAGAGACAAAGUUAUGGUUUCGGCAAAGGUUUAGUAAAUGAUUUUCGUCGUCGAAUCAAAUAUUAUCCAAGUGAUUUUAUCGAUGGUAUCGUAGGAAAGAAUACCAUAUCAAAAGUAUCGGCAGCUGUAUUAUCUAUAUUUUUUGCUUGCAUUCUACCACCGAUUGCUUUCGGUGUUGUUAAUGAACAUAAUACACAUGGUUUAAUUGGACCGAAACAAGGAUUAAUUGGCCAGGCAAUAGGUGGACUUAUAUUUGCAUUGACAAGUGGCCAACCAUUGGUUAUUAUUGCCACAACGGCACCAUUAACAUUAUAUGUCAAAAUUGUUUAUCAAGCCUCUCAAGAUUGGCAUGUUGAUUUUCUUGAUUUAUUUGCAGCUGUUGGUUGUUUUUGUGCAUUCUAUCUUAUUCUUUAUGCUUUGUUAAAUGUAUCGAAUCUAAUGCGUUAUGUUACUCGUAGUACGGAAGAGAUAUUCGCUACAUUCGUAUUUGUUGCAUUCACAGCUGCGGCAUUUGCCGAAUGUCAUGAAAGUUUCCUUAAACAUUAUUGUUUUGAUAAUCAAACAGGCUAUUCAAAUUUUACAACUUUCAACAAUAUGGAUGAUAAAAUUGAUCUGAAUGAUAUACCCAUUCGAGAUUGUCUUCCAGCUAAAAGUAUUCUAUUCCUAUUUCUUAUGCUCGGUACGGUUGCAAUGGCUGUUUUGCUUUAUAAUUUUAGCUCUACACCAUUUUUAAAUUCAAUUCUACGUAAUACAUUAGCUGAUUAUGCUUUACCAUUGUCAGUCAUAUCAUUUAGUAUGAUUGGAUCGGUUUUAUUUCGCGAUGUACACACUGAUUCAUUCAUAAUUAAUGCCGAUUUUCAAUGGCGUCUUGCUACAUUUCAAACACUAACACCAACAACCAUUGGAUUAGCUGCAUUCCUUGGUUUUUUCCUAUCGAUGUUAUUCUUCAUCGCUCAAUCAGUUUGUGCUUCGAUUGUUGGAUCACCAUUAAAUCAUCUGAAAAAGGGUAGCGCUUUUCAUUGGGAUUUAUUUGUAUUGGGAUCAUUGAAUGCCGUACUAUCGAUGCUUGGUUUGCCAUGGAUUUAUGGCGUUCUUCCACAUUCACCAUUACAUGCACGAUUAUUAGCCGAUGUUGUACCGGCUACUGAUUCGCAACAUAAUUCCACUAAAUCUUAUGUGGUUGUACGUGUUCGUGAAACACGUGUUACCGGUUUACUUGUACAUUUGAUGAUUGGUUCAGUAGUAUUAUUAAUACCAAAUUCAUUGUCGAACAUACCGGUUGCUGUACUUUGUGGCCUUUUUCUAUAUUGUGCCCUUUCAACUUUACGAAAUAAUUCUAUUCGUGAUCGAGUAGUUCUUGUUCUUACCGAGCAGCAUUCAUAUCCUCCCACAUCCUAUUUGCGACAUGUUCCACAACGUACCGUACAUUGUUUCACAGCCACACAAUUGGCUUUACUUGCACUGAUUACAUUUGUUGGUUUUUGUCCAUGGAAAAGUUUUCGAUUAUUCUUUCCAUUCAUGAUUGCUUUAAUGAUUCCUAUAAGACGCUAUAUAUUACCAUUGGUUUUUGAAGAAAAACAUUUAAAAAUUAUUGACAGUAAACAUUAUUAACAACAUUCUCUAGAAUGUUCACAUCAUAUCUUCCGUUGAACUUUCGAAUUUCGCAUAAUUCUUUUUUUUUUGUCUAUUCCAUCCGAAAAAAGAAGAAAAUCUCCAUAUAGCUUAAUAAGCAUCUUUGAUUUUUUUUUUGAUUUGAUAUGUUUUUUGUCAUAGAUUCUAUACCUAGAAUUGUUUAUUUUGUUUGUAAAUUAUUUUUUUUUUGUCUAUUUCAUAUUACACAAACAUUGAUUUUCGUUUUAAUUAAUCUAAAUAU